AAUGGGAGCAGUCUAAAUGAACAAACAGGAGCCCGAGAUUCUCAUUCAUGCAGUGGAAGAGACCGCUGUGCAGAGCGAUUGAGUUGCUGCAAAGUUGGUAGUUGCGUUCAAAGAACAACCAGCGUAACGCUUUAUGUACCUGCUUCAAUAUUACCAAGCGGCAGGGCAGUGCAAACCUGAACCUGGAUGUAAAGUAACAACAUUGGACAAGUGUGUACAUUUACAUCACGGGUUGAAUUAGGACACACACGUACAUACAUAUAAUAUAUAUAUAUUUAUAUAUUGUGCGCGGUUUAACAAAUACAACCUUGUUGUGAUCGUCUGCAUUUGAAACGGCGUCUCCAGACUUGUGUGCACUCUCCUGCGCUUGUUUGCUUGUUGAUCUGGAAAUGUACGUGGAUUUACUUUUGCGGAACUGUUAUCUCGAAGGUGGCGAAUGAAUGCAACCAUUUGGAAAGAACGCACCCUUUUCUCUCGCUGGAUAUACAGUCUUCAUUAUGUUCAGUGUUUUUAGCAGUUCAUUGGUUAAGGUGAUUUCAUUGGUUGAAUCUUAGGUGGAUCUAUCGGCUGGUGGAUUUGGGAAGCACCGAUGAUUGUAAAUAGGAGUUCAGAUGCAUGUCAAGUCCACGGUGAAUGUCAGAAGCUGUGAUCCUCUCAGAUGGAGCUUCAGAGUCCACAUGGCAGUGGCGGUUCAUUAGUUGUGAUUCAGCAGCCUUCCUUAGACAGCAGACAGAGGUUUGCCUAUGAAAGAGGGAUUCAGCAUUCAGCCAUUCUCUCACUGGACCAAAUCAAGGUUAUCCGGUCAAGCAAUGAGUACACAGAGGGCCCUUCUGCAGCGAGAAAGCCUGCUCCCAGGAUAGUUCAAAGGCCAGAGAAGCAUGAAAGGACUCACGAAAUCAUACUGAUCAAUGUGAAUAACAACUACGAACACCGGCCUUCUACCCAAGCAGGAAACGUGGGAGCACAGUACAAUGCUAGGGUGCCUGCAUUGGGUCGGUCCACCAGCACAGGGAGUGCUGCAAGCUCAGGGAGCAUCAGCAGUGCCUCUUCAGAGCAGGGGCUCCUGGGAUGCUCGCCUCCAACAAGGCCUGGUCCAGCCCACCGAACAGACGGGCCUGUUCAGACACAGCCCAAGUCUUCUGCUUCGCUCGGGGACAAGCUUAAGAGUUCAGGGAAAGAGGAGAUUGCGAAGCACCAGUUUAUCUGUGAACAGUGUGGGAAGUGUAAGUGUGGUGAUUGCACAGCACCGAGGACUCUGCCUUCCUGCCUGGCUUGUAAGCGCCAGUGUUUAUGCUCUGCAGAGAGCAUGGUGGAGUAUGGCACGUGUAUGUGCCUGGUCAAAGGGAUCUUCUACCACUGUUCAAACGAUGAUGAGGGGGACUCGUGUGCGGACAAUCCUUGCUCCCUGUCCCAGUCACACUGCUGCUCUAGGUUCAUGUGUAUGGGAUUAAUGUUGAUGGUGAUGCCUUGCUUACUCUGUUACCCUCCAGCUAGAGGGUGUGUUAAGAUGUGCCAGGGCUGCUAUGACCAGAUAAACAGGCCUGGGUGCCGGUGUAAGAACUCCAACACUGUCUAUUGCACACUGGAGAGCUGCCCCUCACAGGGUGAGGCCAAACCUUGAUUUCACUCGGAACUCUCCCCAGUCUUGCUGUUUUAAUUCAACGUUAUGCAGCUCCCGGCCCUUUUACCCCUGAAAAUUCCUCUCUGGAAUAAGCAUGGAGUACGAUGCCACUUUUGCUACCCUCUCACCCUUUUACAAGCCAGUGUUUGCGUUUUCUUUUGUUUUGGGCUACUCCAUUAACACACUUGAUUCAUUGUAAAGAAAUGCUUUCUAGGGAGGGCUGUCCUCUAUGCUUCAGCUUGGUGUGAGACCAUAUCCUUAACAUAUCUGUGAAGGACUAUUGAGACAGUAAUACACUAGUAUAUGUAUGUGUGUAUAGCUGUUACCAGAUUUCCAUUGCAGCCCAGAUUGUAGUUGUUUGUACAUCUUAAUUAUAAAUGGGUGCCAUAUAAAACUGUAGCUAAUUCUGUUACUAUGCUGUUAGCAUUUUGGUAAACUUAAUUUAUCUUAAAGUAUUCAUGUCCACUUCUCUCCCCCCCACCCGGCCCCCGCUGUGCCGUUUCUAGGACCAGCGCUGUGCCAUUUAUUAUUAUUUUGUGUACAUUUUAUGUAUAAAUCCUAAAGUUGAAUUCUGACUAUUUUUAAAGUCUGUUUUAAACAUUUUUUGUUGUAAAAAAUAUUUAUUAUGUGAAACUCUAUUUUAUGAUAUUUAUUGCAAAAGACUGUUGAAAUUUUACUCAUGUCUGAAAUAUAUUAAAAUAUAUAUAUAUCAAUACUUACUGAAAUUAAAGGGUGGCACAAAAGAAUACAUAUUAUGUUAACUAUAAUGCAGAAAAUAUAUUAAUUAAUGAAAAAUAAUUUCUACUUGUCCUGUGUUCUUUUAAUUUCUCUAAAUUAACCUAUGAUUGAUUUUGAAAUUUUGACUGAUUUUAUAAAGAAUACUUUUAUAUUUGUACCACAGUGAGCUAGUGUCUGGGUUUAGGAGUAAAGAUUACUUUUGCCAUA